GGGCUCCUGGGGAAGGGUAGCUGGUCACCCACGACCCAGGGUCGGGUCCGUGCAAGAUCCAGGGGCGAGCCCCGGGGAAGGGGCCACCCUCCUUUCGACCCCAUCCCAUCUCUGAUCGCCGGCGAGACAGGAACAGCCACCGUCUUCCUGGUCCUUCCAGGCCUCCCAGGGGAGCCAAGGGCGGGUGUAGGCGGCACCGAAGGGACCGAAUUUUGUAGCUCCGACGGCCCUGGUGGCUUCGGGUGGCGGGGCACGCCCAGCUAGAGCAGCGGGUCAGGGUGGAUGAAGCCGGCGCUCCCGCCUCUUGGUGGAUCCUGGUCCGAGCGCAGCUGAACAGCUGUUCCAACAGGAGGUGAGGGGUGGAUCAACAUGGUCCCCUCCGACAGCCGGACCGCCUAGAACCAGCCGUGCAGAGUGAGCCUUCACCGAGGUGCGACGCCGAGAAGCCGCAGUGCUCCCGGGAUUUGAAGUUCGGGGGUGGGCGGGGAAGGUGCUGUCCGCGGUGCUGAGCCCGGAGCCCGCGGCGCGCUCGCACGGAGCGCGCGGGCGCUGCUUCUCGACCGCGGAUCCAGGCGGCCUGCUAGGGCAGCUUCCAGCGGAAAGCGCGGCCCACUCGACAGCCCGCAGGGCCUCCCCGAGCACCGGUGUGGGCCCUCCUUCCAGCCAGAAAGUCGCCCCUUGGGGCAGUUCGUCCCGAAGGGUUUCCUCGAAAGCAGCUUAGAGGGCACAGUUCUCGACUGAGGGAAUCUUUCUGCUUAGCCCGGGAGGCCACCCGCCUAAGAAGAUGCCUGCCUUCAACAGAUUGUUUCCCCUGGCUUCCUUCGUGCUCGCCUUCUGGGCCAGUGUGUGCUUCCCCGUGUGUGUGGAGGUGCCCUCGGAGACCGAGGCUGUCCAGGGCAACCCCAUGAAGCUGCGCUGCAUCUCCUGCAUGAAGCGGGAGGAGGUGGAGGCCACCACGGUGGUGGAGUGGUUCUACAGGCCCGAGGGCGGCAAAGACUUCCUGAUCUACGAGUAUCGGAACGGCCACCAGGAGGUGGAGAGCCCCUUCCUAGGGCGCCUGCAGUGGAACGGAAGCAAGGACUUGCAGGACGUGUCCAUCACUGUGCUCAAUGUCACACUGAAUGACUCGGGUCUCUACACCUGCAACGUGUCCCGGGAGUUUGAGUUUGAGGGUCAUCGCCCCUUUGUGAAGACCACACGGCUAAUCCCCCUCCGGGUCACCGAGGAGGCUGGAGAGGACUUCACCUCCGUCGUCUCAGAGAUCAUGAUGUACAUCCUGCUGGUCUUCCUCACCCUGUGGCUGCUCAUCGAGAUGGUCUACUGCUACCGGAAGGUCUCAAAGGCUGAGGAGGCAGCUCAAGAGAAUGCGUCUGACUACCUUGCCAUCCCAUCAGAGAACAAAGAGAACUCUGUGGUGCCAGUAGAGGAAUAGAAGGGGUGUGACUCGAGGUGACUGGAGCCCUGAGGGACUGGACACCCCAGGUGUGGUGAUGUCCACAGCCUCAGGAGGCACUGCAGAGGCCACACUGCUUCCCUUCGUGCAUUCACCCUUUAGUUUACACAUCACACGUCCACUCACCACUGACCCCCUAACUGCAUCUGACCUCGACACACCUGAGGACUUUGCCAGAAUGGAGGAACCAACAUUUCUACAGACUCAACCUCUGCUCAUCUUAGCUUUUGAGCAAGCAGCAUCCAUGCCCCGCAGACUUCUCCCCUGUGCUCCAAAUGACUUUGCACGAGUGCUAGAGGCGACACGCUCCUCUGUCUGUUGCUGUCUGGAACCGGCUCAUUCUCUGCUGCUGCAAGUGAAUGGAUCUUCUUAGUGGAAGGAAGCAGGAGUGAUUAGGUUAAACCAAAGGAGCGUCAUGAAGUGGAAUGUUUUGACGUCAGUUUUUUUCCAAGGCUUUGAAAACCCUAGUAGAGUAUCAGAGCAAAACAUGCUUUUCUAGGUUCUCUACUGAUAGAAAGUCUGUUCAGUAUAGGCUAAAAUGUUCUCUGGAGCUUGGUACUUCAGGGUUAGAACCACUAUGUCUCUAAGGCCUGGGUAAGUCUCAGUCCUUCAAGAAGCCAAGGACAAGAGACUCAGGAGGGAUUCAGCAGUUUAAGUGGCUUUUGAAAGUCACACAACACAUUCAUGAUCCUACUGGUAUGUAUGUAUCCUCCCCCACCCAAAGUGAACACAGCCCUUGAGAUGGCUGGGAAGCGUUGUCUUCCGGAGGGCACUGGAACUGAAAUUCCUAAAUUCUUCCUCGCAGAAUCUUGUGGGGAUUAUUACUCAUGUCACAGGAGUCAGCUAAGGCUCAGAGCUCAACUGGACUUCAGAGGAUAAACUAGAGCAGAUACAAACCUUAGGUGUUGCCCAGGUUAAACUUCCCAAGAUGGGUAAUUUUGAUUUUGAAGACUUUGAAAUUAAGAUUGGCUAUGGCCAUGCCUCUUCCACAAGCAUACAUUGAGUGGAUUGCCUGGCUGAGGUUAACUCUGAGUCUGGUAGCUAGAGGUUGGCUGAAAAGGCAGAGAGAAAGACAUGAAGUAGACUUGAAGAACUUCCUCAGCAAAGGGAUUUGUGAGGCUGGAACAUCCUGCGGAAGAAAGCAUCUUGGAAUGAUAUUUAUGAAACGGGGAUGAUAAGCAAAUGAACGAAGUAAUCAGGGAGGGAUGGGCUAGGUAGCUUUGAAAUAGUUCACCUGUGAACCCAUAAUGUCCAAGGUUUGUUUUUACUAGAUUUGGGGAGAGCAGAUGAACACUAGAUAAAUUUUAGUCAAAAUCUCCUGUUUCAUUUUGGUUGACUGAUUGGGCCAAGGGUAACAUGCUUCAGGACUUAGUGAUGAGAUGGGGAGGGUGCUUUGGGAAAUAUAUGAAGGGGACUGGGAUUUGAUGAAGGAGAAGUCCCUUAGAUCAGGAGGAAUUUAUGGGGGAACACCAUACUCCACUGGCUUUGGGCCUCAUCUGAAAAACUCAUUUUUUCAUCUCUUCCAUCCCUGGAGAAGUACUUAAAAUAUGCCCUUGUUCACAUCUUGAAGAGAAUACUCUAAUUCAAGGCCCUUCUCCUUGGUAGUUUCCCAAAGAAUCUCUUAGGGGACAGCAGACAGAGGUUUCUAACUCUGUGGUUGGGAAGAUAGGCCUGACUGACGGAGGUCUUCCUGGUCCCAGGGCAGGUUGACAACAGAGCUGGUGGCAGAAGCAAAUUCCUUACUUACAACACUUUCCUCUUGGUCCCAGUGGACAUGCAUCUACCUUGUACUCAAGAAAUAGGCACAACUGCUUUCUUUUCUCUAGAAAAAAAAUCCUCAACUGUUUCCCGGGUGCUUUUAAUAAAGCUGAAUGAUACCUAUCAUUAAAAAAAAUUCAUUAUUUAUAAGUAAUCUUCCCUAUUUUCAUUUUUCUAAUUUCUCAACUCUUUUCAUCCUUAAUACUUCUAUU